ACAACACACGGCUUCUUCUCGGAGAAAAAGGCGGAAUUUGCUAAUGUCCCGAAUGCUGCUUAUCGACACAUCAUACGCGGCCCUAUCGGUAGCUGCGCUCGUCGGGCUGUUCUUCAGCACGGCGCCGCGGCGGUCCCUGGACGAGUUUUCGCGAAAAUGCCACAUGGAUAUCUCGCAGGCACGCAAUGGUGAUAUAGCGUACCGCGACCAGUUCACAGUCAAGUACUAUUCGCCGGAUCUCUGGUGCAAUGUCAGCUGGCUGCUGGUAGCAUUGCUCUCGAACAAAUGGCGGAUGCUGGUAGGUUAAGCCAUGUGGAGGUCGCCAGCCUUUAGUUUCCCCGAGUUGCAAACCCCCGCUGCUCUCACACUAGCAGCCCUGUGCAGCUACACUGGGUCAGGGGAUAGGGAGGGACUUGUCCUGCAUGCGAAGGGCCUGGUAAACGCUUUGGUGGCAACGGCGUCGCUAGCACGCAAGCUUCUGGUGCAGUUUAUAUUCGGGAGGCUGACACUCAAUGACGCCCAUCAUUCGUACGAUCGUAUACUAAACUUUGUGCUAUUCAAGGUGGUGUCGGUGCGCGCGACAUUGGACGCAGACUGGGAGGAUCUGGCCAUAUGGACCAUCGCCUACUGCUGUUUUGGCGCACUGUACCUGAUCGGCGGGCUUGCGCGGGACCACCUUGAGCACCUGCGCCUGUCGCCUGCACAGCCUGGGAUCCGGUGGGGAUUUGUUGGUCUGAUGGCGAUGCUGAUGGUCCUGGCAACGGUCUUGGCGGGCGUGUGCUGGACAGUGCUGCGGCCGCUGUUUGGGAUCCUGUUUAUCGAGGCUCUGACAAUCCUGUUUGAUGUUGGUCAGACCCUGGUAAAAUAUCUGGCGUAUGCAUGGGACAGCGACAGCACCGAGUCGUGGGAGGCACGGUCGGACGCAGUGCUUGUGUGCGAGUUCAGCACUGACAUCUGCAUCCUGCUGCUGACGCUCCUGCACUACACGCACAUUCUGGUGAUCAACGGCAUCACGCUGAACAUUGUCAGCGUCCUGGUGUUCCUGAAUAUCCGCAGCAUCGCCAGCAAGCUGCUGCGCAAGGUGCGCAAGCUGGUUGCAUUCUGGCGUGCCGUGGAGAGUAUGCGGUGCAGGUUCCCGGACGCCAGCAAGGAGGAUAUCAUUAGGUUCAACGACAGAUGCUCGAUCUGCAGAGAAGUGCUGCUGACGGCCAAGAAGCUGCCGUGCGACCACCUGUUCCAUAGGUCGUGCCUGAGGUCGUGGCUCGUCAGGCAUCUGUCGUGUCCGACAUGCAGAGUCGCGCUGUCCGAGGGCGACAUUGGGCAGUGGGCUGCAGUCAGCACCCAGGCAUCGCCGGAUGCGUCCGAGCACGGGUCAGACAUGAUAUUUGCGGCUGCCACUACGUCACAGUAAGAGCACGCCGCUGUUUGGCUGCAUAUCACUCCAUGUGCGCUAUCACACAUCGCACUAGCCCUUUCCCACCCUACGCCUAGCC